ACCCGCACCCUGCCGCUGUUGGGCAGUUUCCAUGGCUACGAAGCCGCUGGGCGAGGUGUCCGAGAGCGAGAAAAUGAAGCUGAAGAGUCUCCUGCUUCGUUAUUACCCGCCAGGAAUUAUGUUGGAAUAUGAAAAAAGUGGAGAAUUAAAGACCAGAUCCAUAGACUUACUUGAUCUCAGUCCUAGUACUGAUGUCAGAGCCUUAGUAGAUGAGAUCCAGAAAGCAGAACCUCUGAUCACUGCUUCACGAACAGAACAAGUGAAACUUCUAAUACAGAGGUUACAAGAUAAACUCCGACAGCACAAGGACCACAAAUUCUACCUUUUUAAGGUCCUCAGAGCACAUAUUCUACCAUUGACUAAUGUUGCACUUAACAAGUCGGGCUCAUGCUUUAUCACAGGAAGCUAUGACCGGACCUGCAAACUCUGGGACACUGCUUCAGGAGAGGAGCUGCACACCCUGGAGGGCCACAGGAAUGUGGUCUAUGCCAUAGCCUUCAACAACCCUUAUGGUGACAAAAUUGCCACUGGUUCCUUUGAUAAGACAUGUAAACUAUGGAGUGUAGAUACAGGAAAAUGUUAUCAUACCUUUCGGGGCCAUACAGCAGAAAUAGUGUGUUUAUCGUUUAACCCUCAGAGCACAUUGGUGGCUACGGGAAGUAUGGAUACAACAGCCAAACUGUGGGACAUUCAGAACGGAGAGGAGGUGUCCACUCUAACAGGACAUUCAGCUGAAAUCAUCUCCUUGUCGUUCAACACGGCCGGAAAUAGAAUCAUCACGGGCUCUUUCGAUCACACAGUCUCCGUGUGGGAUGCUGCGACUGGAAGUAAGGUGUAUACCUUAAUUGGUCAUUGUGCUGAGAUUAGCAGUGCAUUAUUCAGCUGGGACUGCUCUCUAAUAUUAACUGGCUCCAUGGACAAGACCUGUAUGUUGUGGGAUGCUACAAAUGGAAAAUGUGUGGCAACCUUAACAGGCCAUGAUGAUGAAAUACUAGAUAGCUGUUUUGAUUUCACUGGAAAGUUUAUUGCAACUGCUUCAGCUGAUGGAACAGCAAGAGUUUUCAGUGCAGCCACAAGAAAAUGCAUUACCAAAUUGGAAGGGCAUGAAGGUGAAAUUUCAAAGAUUUCUUUCAACCCCCAGGGAAACCGUCUUUUAACUGGCAGCUCUGACAAAACAGCGAGGAUCUGGGAUGCUCACACUGGCCAGUGCCUCCAGGUUCUUGAGGGGCACACUGAUGAGAUCUUCUCAUGUGCUUUCAACUAUAAAGGCAAUAUCAUCAUCACAGGCAGCAAGGAUAACACCUGCAGGAUAUGGCGUUGA